AAAAAAUGACGAGAGGGUAUUCAUUAGAAAAAGAUUUAAGAUUACUAAUAAAUAAUCCUAAAUACAGCGAUAUAGAAAUUUUAUGUGAGGAUGAAAAGAAAUUACAUGGUUGUAGAGCUAUUUUAGCAGCAAGAUCUGAAGUAUUUGACAGAUUACUUUAUAAUGGAAUGAAAGAAAGUCAUGAAAAUAAAAUUUCUUUUCCAAAGAUUAACUCUGCCGGAAUGGAGAUUAUAUUAGAAUAUACUUAUACGGGAUCAGUUGAAAAGGAAUCUUUAACAAAAGAUAAUAUAGUUGAAGCAUUUUACGCUGCCGACUAUUUUCAAUUACCAGACCUUCAGGAUUUUAUUACGAAAAUUUUCGAAAAUACAUUAGAAAAAAAUAAAAAUGAAAAUUGUUCCCCAGAAUUACUUUCUAAAUUCGCAGAAAAAAUACCAUUAACAGAAGAUAAUAGUUUACUAAAUCUACUAGUUGAAGCAGUAGCAACUAUUCCAUUAAAUACAAUUGGAUUUGAUCGAUUGUCUAUUGCAGGUCUUAAAUAUCUUUUAUCUUGUACACAUGAAAAAGAUGCUCCUUUUGUAACUCCAGAAUAUGAAGUUUUUCGGUAUAGUGCUAUUCUUGCUGCAAAACAAGUUUCUAAUUGUGCAUAUAAAGCUUUAAUGAAACAGUUACCAACCUUGGAACAAAUUAAACUAAUAGAAAACCCAAUGCAAGUAGAAAAUGAAAAUAAACUUGUUACCGAUCAUCAAAAAGUUGCUAAAGAAUUGGAGCCUCUAGUUAGUUUCAUUGAUUUUAAAAGAAUUGAAGGUCAAAUUUUGACCGAUAUCAUUGACCCGCUAGAAAUUAUCUCAACAAAAAUAAUUUUAGAUGUUUAUCGGCAAAGAGUAAGAUCAAACAUUUCCAAUAUAAAUAAUAUUCGAGGGGUACCUAUACCAAAUUAUUCCAAUUAUGUUUGGGAUGAGACAGCAUGUGGUUCAAGACUUAUUAUUGAGGAUAACGGAAAAGUUGUAUAUGCACAAAAUAAUUGGUUUGACCUCCAAAGUGUUAGAGCUAAAGUGGCAUUUGAAAAUAAAGGUAUCUUCGAAUGGGAUGUUAUUAUUGAGAAAAAUUGUGUAUAUGCUUGGGUUGGAGUAUGUUCGUUAGAAAAUUUUAAUUAUGAAACCUUUGCAGGAUAUCAAUCUACUGGAUGGGUAUUAGGUUCCGAUGGUAGUUAUAGUCAUGCAAGUAAUAGAAUAUACAAUAAUUAUCCAUCAUUUGGUGAUGGCUCAAAAAUUACAGUUCAUCUGGACAUGAAUAAAAGAACUUGUGCUUUUACGAUCAAUGGUACAAAAUAUCCAGCGAUAUCAAGUUGGAAUAAUUUACCAUCAAAGCUUUAUCCAGUAGUAACAUUAAAAUACCCUGGUCGAUUUCGAAUUCAGCCUCAUCAAAAAUAGAAUAAAAUUUCUGUCAUUAUUUUUAGCUAUAGAAUUUGGGAAUUAAAAAAUUUUUUUAGUAAAAAUGAUAUUAGCUUUAUUGUUAUUUUUCUUUCUUACUUUAUCGACUGAACCACGUUCCCAGCGUAAAAAUCAAUAAAACUUAAAAUUAUAAGAAUAAAUACUUUCUCUACAAGUUUGAUUAG